AUGGCCCCACUGGCCGUGCCGGGGAGGGGCUGCACUCAGGGGAUAAAAGCCCCGGCGGGCUCUGGGCUCAGCUACAGGGUCGGUGUCCUCUCAGAGCCCAGCAAAGCCGCCACCAUGGUGCACUGGUCAGCCGAGGAGAAGCAGCUCAUCGCCAGCGUCUGGGCCAAGGUCAACGUGGAGGAAUGCGGCGCCGAGGCCCUGGCCAGGCUGCUGAUUGUCUACCCCUGGACCCAGAGGUUCUUUGACAACUUCGGGAACCUGUCCAGCCCCACGGCCAUCAUCGGCAACCCCAAGGUCCGUGCCCAUGGCAAGAAGGUGCUSACCUCCUUCGGGGAAGCCAUCAAGAACCUGGACAACAUCAAGGCCACCUACUCCAAGCUGUCCGAGCUGCACUGUGAGAAACUGCACGUGGACCCCGAGAACUUCAGGCUCCUUGGAGACAUCCUCGUCAUCGUUCUGGCUUCCCACUUCGGCAGGGAAUUCACCCCUGCAUGCCAGUUCGCCUGGCAGAAGCUGGUGGGGGUGGUGGCUCACGCUCUGGCCCGCAARUACCACUGAGCAUGGGGCACAGAGCCCCGGRCCAGGGCAGCCCCCUGAGCACGGGGAGCUGCCCUCUGGGAACCCCUGAGCACAAAA